ACAGAGAUUAGAGAGACAGACAUAUCAUCAUCUUGUCGACGAUGACAACAUCGUCGGGAUCAACGUGGGUGUCGACGACCUCUGUGUCUUCCUCAGGGAAGAGAAUCCAGAGAGAAAUGGUGGACCUCAACAUGGACCCACCUCCAGAUUGCUCAGCUGGGCCCAAAGGUGACAAUCUCUACCACUGGGUUGCCACCAUCAUUGGCCCUCCAGGAACACCAUACCAAGGUGGCAUAUACUUCCUUGACAUCAAGUUUCCUACAGAAUAUCCGUUUAAACCUCCAGAGAUCGUAUUCAGGACUCGAGUCUUUCAUUGCAACGUCGAUUCUUCUGGUAAUGUAAGUUUGGAAAUCAUAAAGGAUGGUUGGAGUCCAGCUCGAACAAUUACAAAGGUGCUCCUAGCAAUUCGGUCCAUUUUGACAAAACCUGAUCCUUAUAAUCCGCUUGUCCCUAGCAUUGCCCAUUUGUACUUGGCAGAUAAAGCUAAACACGAUGAACUAGCUUCUGAGUGGACAACGCGAUUUGCCAAGUGAGUUUUACUCAGAAUCUGCUCACAUAGUUCAGGCAUCAGAUCCCAACAGCCCUGCAAGUACACAUCAUCAUGUUCCCAAGAGGUUGAUAUAUGAAAACUCAAAAAUGUAUUGUAACAAAUCGUGGUUGCUUCAUGGCACAGUCUUGGUUGAAUUACAAGAACCAGAAAGCAAAAUGCUUGCAACAUGUGUGAAUAUGUAAUCAUAACAUAAGCAAUCUGUUAGUGAUAUUAGAUUCAUUUUGUGGCACCAAAAGUCUCAAUAAAUGAUGAUUAGGUAUGGCAUUGUGAAUAGCCCGUCUCUGGUGUUAUACCAG